AAGGAAGGACUACGAAUACCAUCAAGCAGUGCGCGACUCGAGGGCAUUGGAGGAGGAGCCCGCAGCCGUCCAGCCCCGCGGAGCGAGGUCUGACCAAGAGCUUUGUGACUUUCCGGGCAGCCUCAGCACCUGGUGUAGGCGGCCAUGGGGAAGCGAUACUUCUGCGACUACUGUGACCGUUCCUUCCAGGACAAUCUCCACAACCGAAAGAAGCACCUGAACGGGCUGCAGCACCUCAAGGCCAAGAAGGUGUGGUACGACAUGUUCCGAGAUGCAGCUGCCAUCUUGCUGGAUGAGCAGAACAAGCGGCCCUGCAGGAAGUUCCUGCUGACAGGCCAGUGUGACUUUGGCUCCAACUGCAGAUUUUCCCACAUGUCAGAGCGAGACCUGCAAGAGCUGAGCAUCCAGGUGGAGGAGGAGAGGCGAGCCAGGGAGUGGCCUCUGGACACACCCGAGCUCCCUGAGGGCCACCUGGAGGACUGGCUGGAGAAGAGAGCCAAGCGACUGAGCUCAACCCCGAGCAGCAGGGCUGAACCCAUCAGAGCCACUGUCUUCCAGUACCCCAUAGGAUGGCCGCCGGUCCAGGAGCUGCCUCCAUCCCUGAGGGCACCCCCACCCGGGGGGUGGCCCCUGCAGCCAAGAGUUCAGUGGGGUUGAGCCCCUUGCCCCUGCUCAUCUCCUACCUGGUCAGCACUUAUCUGUCACAAUAAAGACAAUUGCUCCUACUGGGGAGGCCGAGCCCUCUGCCUGUUAUGUCCCCAGAGCCUCUGAGACUGUAGGCCUGGUCUCCCCGAGACUCAAAAGUCCCCCAUACCAGCUGCAGCCCUGGUCCCAGUCUGUGCUGGGCAGCUUCACCCUCUACUUCACCCGCCCUCCUGGGAUGUCUUGAGAAGACAGAGAAAACUUGCAGGUGUAUAUAAAGAAAGCCUCCCUUGGUUUGGCUGUGCUUCCCUAAA